AUGGCGGCUUCUCUGCUAGAACAGGCCAAAGACAAAGCCAUAAGGCUCCUGAAUAGGCCGUGGCAUAAACGUCAAGUGAUCUGGAACGAUCAUGAAUGGGAUAACCUCGAACACCACUCAGAAGCUUACGAUACACAAGCGCUGAUGAUUAGUUGUGGAACCGUCACGAUUGAUGGGCCUGAAUCGUCUGAGCGACAGGUACUGCUCAUAUGGAACAAGAAUACCAGCGCUUGGCAAUUGCCCAAGGGCAGAAAGAAUGUCCACGAAGACUUUUCCGAGGCGGCGCUGCGGGAGACUACAGAGGAGACCGGUGUAGCGGUUCAGCCUCUGUAUAUGAGAUUUUGCACGCGGCUGACUCUGCCAGAAAGGACAGAAGACGAGACAGCAGUGCAACUGAGACGACAUAGAAGCGGUAGCCGGACGGAUAAUGGCACCAUCAACCUACUGAACAGGGACAUAUUCUGCAUCAGUCAAUAUCCUGAUCCUGCCACGGGUGCAAUGAGACACAUAUACUGGUAUGCCGCCAGACCGCUGAGGACGGCAACGCCAAACCCAAACCUGCUGGGCCGCGACGACAGUGCUAAUAUAACGGCUCAAUGGUUUCCUGCGGCCGAGGCCGUGAGUCGCCUUAAAAUGUCGGUGGAGCGCAGGGCAGUGGCUCUGGCAGUGCAUUAUGCAGAGCAAAUGACAGAAGAGGAGUGGAAGUAUUCGCUCGAGUUGUGA